UAUCACAAACUAAUCAUUUAAAUCCCCGUUAAUUGUUGGCCCUCGGGGUGUGAACAGUGUCCAUGAACAGUACCCCGACGUGAACAGUAACUCCAACUUCCAAACAAUGGCCAACCACUAGCUAAUCUCACGGGGUUUUCUCUCCAAAAAAUCACAACAAGCAAUUAACACUCAAUCACAUAAAUCCCACUUGAAUUAGUGCUUAAUCAUGGUCCUAAAGCUACUGGAAUUUCCCCCAUUUUUCUAGCAAAAUUCAAACACACAAGGCAGCAAACUAAAUGGACAAUUUAAGCCUUAAAAGGCUGUCACAUACCAAAAUUUACAAGCAAGGAACCGGAGCUAGCAGAUUGGGGAAGGCCGGCGGGAGUGCAGGGGAGAAACUCACGGGCUACCCAAAAUUGAAGGAACCAAGAGCAAUUAACAUAAACCCAAGCCAAUUCAAGCAAGAACAAAGGAAUUUAAUGGCUGUUCUUACCGAAAAAUGCCCAGAAUUUGCACCCACAACAAGAGCAGCCGGCGGACAAGGGCAGAAGAGCAUAGCAGAUCCGGCUUUUCCAGCAGGGUAGGGAAGAUUUCUGGGUUCUAGGUGGGUUCUAGAACAAGAAAGAAGGAGAAAUCUCCAAGCUUUCUCACUAAUUUCUUAAGCAUGGCUGGGUUCCCCUUUUUUUUUUCCUUUCGGGCUGCAGCGGGAAGACAAGAGCAGAAACGGGCUGGAGAAGAAAGAGGAAAAGGGAGAAAAGAAAUAAGCCAUCCUUAUCCAAAUUCUACUCUUUUAAGCCCCUUGACUUUCAGAAUAUUGGCCAUCAAGCCCCAAAACAAUCUUUUCUCACAAUCAAGUCCUUAACUUACACUUAAAUAUUCCCGAAAAUUUGGAAUAUUACACUCACCCCUCCUAAAAAGGAGUUUUGUCCCCAAAACUCAAAUUGAAGACCAUAUCAAGUGGUGAAUGGCUUCACACAAUCCGAGACAACAAUUGCCUCAUCACUUUCUAGGAACAGAACACGGCCUAUUACGCUUCCGCUGCGCCACUCUGAUAUCAAACCACACUAAUCAUAAAAGCAGAACACUAACUACUUAACAGGAUUUACCAUGAAAUGAGCUACUAGAGGCUGGGGUGAUAUGGGAAGCACAAUGAAUAAAAAUAAAUCCUGCCAAGGCCACAAAAGAAACAGUUGUGGGGUUACGCUUCGAACCCAUCACAAGACAAGUUGACAAAGAAUGGCAUGGAUUUAAAGACAAGUACAACAAAACUUGAACUCUAUCAAAGACGAAUAAGCAUCCAAUGGAUAUACGAAUCAUGAAUGAAUGAACAAAUGCAUGGAUGCCUU